UACAAAAAAAAUUCGUCGACAAAUAAUGUUAGCUAAUGAAUAAAUUUUGUAUAUUUUAUCAAACUAAGCAUUUGACUAAAAUAAAAGAAUUAUACAAAACAUCUUGGCGUGGGAUUCCCAAACGGGUAAAUCCAAUUUUCAAUGAAAUUGUUCGAAUUUUCCGGCAAAUCGGUUUUUGUAAAGAAAGUAAAUGAAACGAAGGAGUGUGUUGUGCCAACUCAGUAUACAAAAAAUUGUGUCAUUUAUCGUAUAUUGUUGGAGUGAGAGACAGCGAUAAGUGAAUACACUUGGUGAUCACAAUACAAGGGAGUGCAUACAUAUUUCACACCGCUCACACCUGUAUGUUGGACUGUGUAAAUCAUAUACAAUAGUGGGCAAAAUUCGUCGUUAUCGCACAUUUUCUGUUAAUUGACGCUGAUUUUUUUAUAUCAUUUUAAAUUGAAUGAUUCAAUGUUAUUGUUGUUCUACUGGACUGACAAUUUCGGAAGUGCGAAUUUUUGUGGCAAAGCCAAUUUCAAUAAAAUAGAUUGAGAGUGUUUUUUUUGCUGUUGAUAUUUAAGUUCAUUUGACAUUCCGGUGCUGUUUAUAUAAAAAAGUACGUGACCGCUGUUCAAUAUGUCGUCGUCAGCUAUUUUUAUACUUGAUGUUAAGGGAAAGGUGUUGAUCUCACGUAACUACCGUGGUGACAUAGAUACUAACACAGUAAUUGAUAAAUUUAUGCCACUUCUGAUGGAAAAGGAAGAAGAAGGUCUCAUCACACCAAUUAUUCAGAUAGCCGAAUGCACAUUUGCCUAUAUCAAAACGAAUAACUUGUACAUAGUGUCGGUGACACGAAAAAAUGCCAAUAUUGCGUUGGUGUUUGUAUUUCUGCAUAAAAUUGCUCAAGUGUUCACCGAGUAUUUCAAAGAAUUAGAAGAGGAGAGUAUUCGUGAUAAUUUUGUGGUUGUAUACGAAUUGCUUGAUGAGCUUAUCGAUUUUGGAUAUCCGCAGACAACCGAUAGUAAAAUUUUGCAAGAAUACAUCACACAAGAGGGUCACAAAUUGGAAAUUCAACCACGCAUACCGAUGGCAGUGACAAAUGCCGUAUCUUGGCGUUCGGAAGGCAUUAAAUAUCGCAAGAACGAAGUAUUUUUGGAUGUGAUUGAAAGUGUCAAUUUAUUGGCCAAUGCAAAUGGAAAUGUGUUGCGCAGUGAAAUUGUCGGUGCGAUAAAAAUGCGCGUGUACUUAUCGGGAAUGCCCGAAUUGCGUCUUGGUUUAAACGAUAAAGUUCUAUUCGAGAGCACGGGCCGGGGUAAAUCGAAAUCGGUCGAAUUGGAAGACGUUAAAUUCCAUCAAUGCGUUCGAUUGUCACGAUUUGAAAAUGAUCGUACGAUUUCAUUCAUUCCACCCGAUGGCGAGUUUGAAUUGAUGUCAUACCGUUUGAAUACACAUGUAAAACCAUUGAUUUGGAUUGAAUCGGUUAUCGAACGAUUUGCCCAUUCACGUGUUGAGUACAUGAUUAAGGCAAAGUCACAAUUCAAACGACGAUCAACGGCAAACAAUGUUGAAAUUGUUAUUCCAGUUCCAGCCGAUGCCGAUUCACCAAAAUUCAAAACGACCAUUGGCAGCGUUAAAUAUGCACCAGAACAAAAUGCAAUCACGUGGACAAUUAAAUCAUUUCCGGGCGGUAAGGAGUAUCUGAUGAGAGCUCAUUUUGGAUUACCGAGUGUUGAAUGCGAAGACAGCGAAGGAAAACCACCAAUUCAAGUGAAAUUUGAAAUUCCAUAUUUCACCACAUCUGGCAUUCAGGUGCGUUACUUAAAAAUCAUCGAGAAGAGUGGCUAUCAAGCAUUACCUUGGGUUCGAUACAUUACACAGAAUGGAGAUUAUCAACUUAGAACCAAUUAAUUUGCAUUUUCGCGUUUGUUUUUUUUUUCUACAAAUAUAAUAAUGACAACAUCAUUGUAAAUUCGCGAAUAAAGACACACUCGGCAAUUUGGCCAUCGAUUUAAAUAUGAAUGAAAAAAAAAUGUCCAUAAUUAUAUUAACCUCUGAAUUGGAAUAAAGUUAAAAAGAAUAAUUGAAUGAAAUUACUUUCUCAUCUA